UAGUAUUGUGGGUGUGUGGCUGUCACUCAGGGCCCUCGCUGUGACAGUGGAGAGUUGGGCACAAGACAAGCGCCAUGGACCUGCGUUCAGAGCUGCUCAAGUCCAUCUGGUAUGGUUUCACUGCCCUUGACCUGGAGAAGAGUGGCAAGGUGUCCAAAUCUCAACUUAAGGUGUUGUCCCAUAAUCUGUGCACAGUGCUGGCCAUUCCACACGACCCAGUAGCUUUAGAGGAGCACUUCAGAGAUGAUGACGAUGGGCCAGUGUCUAGUCAGGGGUAUAUGCCUUACCUCAACAAAUACAUCCUCGACAAGGUUGUUGAAGGCUCAUUUGAAAAGGAAAACGUGGAUGAGCUCUGUUGGACCCUGACAGCAAAGAAGAACUACCAGCCGGACAGAGCCAGUGACACCCUCUUACCAGAGAGAGACGCUUUCAGACUCUGGUGCCUCUUCAACUUCCUGUCAGAGGACAAGUAUCCUCUGGUGAUGGUCGCAGAUGAGGUUGAAUACCUCCUCAAAAAAAUCUGUGCAGCCAUGAGCAUUGAGUUCAACUGUGUGGACCUGGAGGACUUCUUCUCCCAUGAUGCAAUGCAGCAGAAUGGCAUCACUGUUUGGGUGUUUCUGGAGCUGAUGAAUUCAGGGAAGAUAACACGAGGAGUGGAUAAGGCCAUUGUCAGCAUGGCCAUCGAGGAGGUUUACCGGGAAAUAGUCGGCGAUGUUCUGAAGGAGGGUUAUCUAUGGAAGAAAGGGCAGCUGAGGAGAAACUGGAAGGAGCGCUGGUUCACUCUGAGGCCCAGUGUCUUGUGCUACUACACCGGGGAGGACCGCAAAGACUGUCUAGGCAACAUAGCUCUGGAUGGGAACUGCUGUGUGGAGGCACUUCCUGACCGAGAUGGAAAGAGGUGUAUGUUUUGUCUUAAAACUAUCUCUAAAACUUAUGAAAUGAGUGCCUCAGACACCAAACAGCGACAGGAGUGGACCACAGCUAUUCAAACGGCCAUUCGAUUAGAUGUGGAGGGUAAGAAGUCCCUUCACAAAGACCUGAAGCUUAAGCGUCGUGAGCAGCGUGAACAGCGAGAGAAGAGGAGACAGUCCAAAGAGGAGGAGCUACAGAGGCUCAGAGCACUGCAGGAGGAGCGCGAGAGGAAGCUGGCUGAACUGGAGCUGCUAAAGGAGGCUCAGAAACAAGCACAGGAGCUGCUGGAGCAGGAUGAGCUGAGAAGGAGACAGCAGCAUGAGCAGCUGCAGAGGGCCCUGGAGGUGCAGCUCAAGGAGGCAGAGGAGGCCAGAGUGAGCAUGCAGGCUGAGAUGGCUCUGAAGGAAGAGGAGGCAGAAAGACAGAGGAAGAGGAUUCAGGAACUGGAGGAGAUGCAGAGACGAUUGGAAGAGGCACUACAACAGGAAAUCAAAGCUCGACUGGACGAAGAGGCUUUUCGCUAUGCUCAAGCCGGACUUCUUGCUGAGGAAGAGGAGAAGAUGAAGGCAUUGAUGGCUCUGCAGGAGGAGCAGGAGGAGUACAUCCUAAAGACUCAGAGGGAAAAGCAGGAGCUCAAACAGGAGAUGGAGGCCAAGUCCCGUGCUUUAGAGGAGGCACAGAGACAACUGGAGGAGGUCCGCGCUAACCGCCAUCGCGUUGACCAGGAUGUGGUGGCCGCUCAGCGAAAACUUCGUCAGGCAAGCACAAAUGUGAAACACUGGAAUGUACAGAUGAACCGAUUGAUGAGACCAAUUGGGCCAGGGGAAAAACGACCAUCACUGGGAAGCUCUUUUUCCACUUUCCAAAUCCCAUCACAGAGGGACCCGGGUCUGCGCUUGAGGGCAAGGUCUGGGUCGGAUGAGAGAGAUGACGAAGGCAAAGAAAAUGUGGAGAACACUUGUGAUUUAGAGAAGCGCCACUCUCACACUUCAAACGGGGACAUGGACAUCCCUUGAAUUAUUAUCCUUCUAGUUUUGAGAAAUGUACAGAGCUAUGCAAAAGUAAAGUUGUGGAGAAUGUUUAAAGAAGGUAGCAUUUUGAGAUAUGACUGAAGAUACUAAAUUGAGGGACUAAAAGAACCAUUCAUUAUUUCAUGAAAAUUUGCCUAAGAGUUUUGCACAGUUCUGUCCUCACACAUGCUAGAAGUUUUUGGUAAUGAUUAAUUUACUGACCUCACCUGUCAAAAGAACCUGCCAUAUAUAUGUAUAAUGUUUACAUUUCAACUAAUGCUUUGACAAAAACUGCACAUUAUCUAGCAUCUGUUACAAAGACGUCCUAAAUAAGUUUAAUGUCACAUGGUACUUUUUAAUUGUAAGAUGAUGUUAAUUUGUUGUUUUUUUGGAAGUGUACAUGACUUUUGACUUACUAAGGCAAUUGAGUAUUCAGUGUCACAGAGUGACUCCAGUAACAACAGGAAAGAGAGAAAGACGGACAGAAAUGCCUCAACUUCCUUUUUCUUUUGGCGCUACCAUUGUAAAUAAACCUGUUAUAUACUUGUUAUGUCA